AUGUCUUUGGACGAAAAGUUUAACGCUGCUGUUAAUGUUAUUAGGAGCCUGCCAAAAAGUGGUUCAUAUCAGCCCAGCAAUGAACUGAUGUUGAGGUUCUAUAGUUACUACAAGCAGGCUACAGAAGGACCAUGCGACAAACCGAAGCCAGGCUUCUGGGACGUAGUCAACAGGGCAAAAUGGGAAUCGUGGAACAAAUUAGGCAAUAUGACAAAAGACGAGGCGAUGCAGGCGUAUGUGGAUGAAUUACAUAAGAUCGUGGAGACGAUGUCCUACAACUCCGAUGUGGCCUCGUUCCUAUCGGUGGACGAUGACGACCAAGGUUUCCCCAGCAACGACCUGGAGCUGGUCGCGGGAGAUGUGCUUGCCCGCGUGCGUUCCGAACACAACACGCCCGUUUGUUCCCGUUCGGCGAGCGGCGCGUCGUCGCCGAUCCGCAGUGCCUCGCCGCCACGGACACGACACGACUCCGAUGACGAGUUCAUCGACACAGUUGACAGCGAUCCCGAUGUGCCGCAGCAUUCGCAGCCGAGCGCACAGCGGCUGAGCAACGGACACGCCCAUCAGAUCACAUCGCAGCUGACGCAUCUGAAGGUGCUGGAACAGUUGCCAGGGGCGUUGGCGCGGCUGGAGGCGGACGUGGCCGCCUUGAGGAAGGCCGUAGAGGGCGACCGCCGCCUGCUGGACCAGGUGUCCCGGUGCGGCGCUGGCUGGCGGUGGCCGUGGCAGGAGCUGAGCCCGCCCACGCUGCUGCUGCUCGCCGUGUGGCCCUUCGUCGCUUACCGGCUGGCCGCAGCUGUGCAGCGCAGGCGCACG